GGGAGUCACAUAGAGUCGCCAGAGCUGGCGGUCCUGCCGCUGGAGGAGCCAGCUUGCGUUGUCCAGCUGGUUCUUUAGCUGCCUAAGAGUUUUCUUUAUUGUGAGCCAUUUCUGUGACCCAGCCCCACAAUAAAAGCAGAAGAGUGUGACGUCUGUUGAGGGCCAUGAAGCCCCCGGGAGGAGAGCCGAGUGAUCGUCCAGAAGAAGCCGCAUCUCCACGCAGGCCCGACAGGAUGGCAUCUAAUAUUUUUGGAUCAACUGAAGAACCUCAGAACAUACCCAAAAGGACCAAUCCCCCUGGGGGGAAAGGAAGUGGUAUAUUUGAUGAAUCCAUGCCUGUGCAGACUCGACAGCGUCUGAACCCCCCUGGUGGGAAGACCAGUGACAUUUUUGGCUCCCCAGUCGCUGCUACUUCACCCAUGGCACACCCAAACAAACCCAAGGACCACGUGUUCCUGUGUGAGGGAGAGGACACACUGGACCUUAGAGCCGCAGCCAGCGCCUCCCCCAGACAAGAGCCGGGUGAGCCAGGUGGCCCGAGAGAAGCAGCCCGCGCCCAGGAGCCUGCAUCCACCGUUGACAGCCAUGAGCCCAGGCUGGGCCCGAGGCCUCGCUCCCACAACAAAGUCCUGAACCCGCCUGGAGGCAAGUCCAGCAUCUCCUUCUACUAAGACGUUGCUGCGUCCUCCAUAGCCAGACAAGAAACUCGAGAGAUAAGAUUUCAAAAUUAUAGUUUCUUUAGCCUGAAGGAGCAGGGUGGGGAGAGGGUCUGUUGGGUGGACACCUGAAGCUGCUGCUCCAGCUCCACUGCCAUCACAAGAAGCCGGAGACCUCACCUCCCGGACACCAAGGGCGGGAACGUGAUCCCUGGUGUGAGAGGAGCUCUCGGGUGGGUGGGCAGGGAGGUGGUGCCAGGCAGGUGCGCCUGAGGUGUGGGGGGUCUUCACGUCCUUGGUGUGUUGGCUAAUUGGGUAUCUAGGAGUCACUAACACAGUAGCAGAGUUUAAAGCCUUUGAGAGAAAUCCAGAAACCACGUGUCCAUUACUGUGGGAUAGAAGAGCAAGACACACUGAAACCCUAGUGGGGUGGGGAGGGUGGGUAUCUGGAUAGACCCCUCAGAUCCUGAUGCUGUUUAUCCUUCAUGGACAUGGUCUCUGUUUCUGGGACUUCAACCCCAGUGUUUUUCACUUCAGUUCCACAGAUUUUCUUGAAACAUCUUCAUUGCUUUUCCUCAGCAGCUGUCAACAAAAAACCAAAAUGUCGUUCUCAGUCUUACGCUUUAUGGAAAGAUUUUGUACCCUGAUCUCCCAAGGUGCCCCGCUUCUGCGCUCUCAAUCCUUGGCCAGAUCUUAUGUAGAAAUCUCUCCCUUUCAUCCACGAGAGACUGGUUUUGGGCUCUUUACAGGCAGUUUUGCUUGUGAACUGUUGCUUUUUUCCUCAUCAGCCUCAAGUCUAGGCCUUUGCUCCUCACCAACAAUGUGGACAGUUCUCUUCACCAGCAACACUUCCUAUCUACAAGGCCACUAACUUCUAUAGGACUUUAAAACUACCCAGAUAUAUCCAGGUAAUGGGAUUGUUUAACUCCUACAUGUGUCUUCCUUUAUAUUCCUGCUGACAGUGGGAAGAAGAGAUGCUUGAGAACCUUGGGUUCUUAGGUUUAGAUUCUGUCCUAAUAGCUCAAGACCCGUUCUCUCAAGUACCAGCUUUACAUCAGUAACUGCUGACUCUGGUCUGUUUCUGACACGUUUCUAGAAAAAAGUCUGUUGCUCAGGUACACCAAAGAGUAAGGAAAGUGUUCUUAGGCCACCCUUUAUAAAGCUUUGCAGAACUUCUAGAUCAUAUUCACAGUUUCCAGAUGAGUCUUAGAGACCUUACGCCAAGAGAUUAAAUAGUUUGGCAGAAAAGUCUCAACUGGCCCAUUCCAUGGUAUUUGCCAGCAAAGAUAAUGGACUGGCAAGAAUCGUGCUGCUGUAAUCUGUCAGGUGAAAGUUUCUCCCAUUGAGCCUCUAAAGGGCUACGGUGUCGGUUCCUGUACAGCAGUCACGUGGGACCAACAGUUUGGGUUGGAGCUCCUGGUACGAGUGCCUACAAAGCUAAUGCAGGUGCUAAAAAUGUCUUCAUCGUUAAAAUGUAGUCACACUCCUAGUGGCCUGGACGCUCAAGUGCCUGCAGGAGCUCCCUGCCAAACUCCACAUCCUCCACCGGCGCUGGGGGGGUUCACAUGGUGCUUUGCCAAGCAAAGACACUUUGCUUUUCUGUCCCCCUGCUGACUUUGGAGCCGAGAAACACUGAUUCCAUGUGACUCUAUCAAGUGCUUCCUAUGUCCUCCAUCCUUCAAAUGAUCAUUUAUAGGAAAGUUGUCUGGAAUUCAUUUUUUUCCACAUUAAAAAUGUCAUAAAUGGUGGUUAGCUUUUAAGCUCAAACACACUAACUUGUUUAACUUACAAUAAGAUGUUCCAAAGGUAGAAAUGAACUGCUAUUUAUAACUUUUUUUUUUUUAAUAUACAAGAAAAUGAUUUGUGAAUUCCAAAUUGGAUCGCCAAGAAGACCCUGAUGUGCUGCUGGCCCUCGGGGCUUCGGUGUCCCCGUCAGUUACAUGAGGGGAAGAGCUGUUUAGAUCUGUCCCCUGGCAGGGACUUCCAGAGCAGAGCUGGGGUUAGAGGCCUGGGGGAAGGAGGAAAACAACCAGAGCAGAGCCUCUGGGCAGCAGUGACCACAUCACCUUACUUUUGUUCCCAUCUUCCCUCUUCCUUUCCCUCCUUGGGGCCGUGGGCAUGGGUUUAGAGAGCCCUGAGCAGUCUGGUCACUGGGAGGAGCAGCAGAAAAGUUUUUGGUCCUUUGAACCUGAUGGGGGAGGCCAUUUACAUUUGGAAAAUGCUCUGUACAUUGGGGACUGCCUGUAUUUGGAAGCUUCAUUAACUCUUAGCAUCCUUUUCUCAACCUCCAAGCUGCAUUGAGAAAUUACUCAUCUGUAUUUUUAUUAAGCCUUAAAACUUUAUGUGCAUUUGGUGCCAACUUUUUGUAAAGCUGUAUCAAAAACAACAAACCUGUGCUCCCAUCUCGAUGUAACUUUGAGAGGAGCAUUCUGUUAUUUUUACAAGGCAGGAGUGGGUGUAGCCGUUGAAUUAAACUUAGCAGUCACGUACUCAGAGUCUUUGCCUAUUGGUUGUGUGCACAGUGUGUGUGCGUGCAGGUGGGCGGGUGGACAUGUCCGUGUGUUUCCUCCACGUCCAUUCCCCAGAGUGCCUGAACUCUGCUCCUUCCCUUGUAGCUUUUCAUUGGUUGGAGGGGUUUGCCUUUUUUUUUUUUUAAACCAGAAGAUGCCAAAUUAAUCUUCUCAAAGUUUAUGGAUUUAAGUUUUUUUCAUUUGAAAACCAAAGAGUUGGCUUUGAAUAGAAUGGACAGGAAUGUGGCAGCGUUCUUUCAGUUUACGUAAAUUGAAGGUAAUAAUUCUUUUUCCACUCUUAACACCACUUGUUUUCCUGAAGAAUUUGCCUCUGAGUUGACUUUGAAACUUCCAUGAAAGCCUGACAGUGAGUAGAUGACGUGCUGAGCUAUUAGAAUCUGCCUGUAGAUUCAGGUCCUGCAGAGAAAGCAUAGAUUUUUCUUCUUUCUUAUAUAUUAGCUAUUUUCAUAUGUCCUACAAGAAAACUUAAUAUCUUUAAGUGUAUUAAGUGGACUCAGGGUGGUGGAGCUUCUCAGACUGCCUGCCUGGAAGAGCUCCACUAGAGGAGGCUUCCUUCUAGAAGACUGCUGCAUCAGGGCCAACUAACUGGACAGCAGUUCAGAAGGAAACCCAGCAUGGGUGACCUGACACUGUCUUCACUUGUUCAUCUGAGAGCAUGUUCCCAGAACUGGGCUAGGCACUGGCACCAGCACAUCACCUAUUUGUAGCAGCUGCUCCAGCUGCAGGCAAGCACUGUGGUUUUGGAGUGUCACAGCCUGUUUGUCUCCAGAGGUCAGGCAGUGGCUGAGUCAGAGGAGCAAGGUGGGCUCCCCUGGAUUAUGGUGAAGAAGUGGAAGACAUCUAAGGGUUCCCUCUUCAGGUCCUGUGCCUUGUCCAGAAAUACACGGCUCUUUGGACAGAACAUAACUUGUUCUAACAUCUUUGUGAGUUGAAUCCUGCAAGGAUGUCUACACCUCCUCCUAUAUUAUCCCGUUCGUUUCUUCUGAACUCGUUAUAUUCUUAAUUCUUAGCGUUCUUGGAGCUCAUGAAUGAAAUAUUCCUGUUCUGUGUGUGACUACAAAGUGCUAUCUAAACUUUAACUUAGGAAGAAAUGAGAGGGACAUUACAGGGACGUAGGUGCGUUUUUAGCAGGCAUUAGGGGUGGAUACUUCGAAGUUAAAGUAUUGAUAGAACUUUUGAAACCUGUGUGCCCAACUUACAUUUUAGGGUCUUGUAAUGAGAAAGAGAAAAAGUUGAAUAGCGUAUUAUCUUUACAAAUUGUAAAGGAAGCAAGUUCUAAUUCAGUUAGCUUGAGCUCUCAAGAGAGUACUAGUGUUCUUUAGUAAGCAUCAAGAAUUAUCCAGCAUAUCAUUUUGUUAAAACUCCUUUUUCUUUAACCAGUUUCAAGUAACAAAUCUGCCCAUACACGUUAAUGGUAAAAACUAUUAUAAAGUUGAUGACAAGUCAGUUGGCCUCUGACUGUGGUAGUGGUGUCUGGCCUACUGUAUUUGCUAUUUCAGGAAUUGAAAAGGGGCCAUAUUUCUUGGAAGGGCUUAGAGCAGAAGUCAGAAACAUUCCCCAAAACAUUCACCAGCUUUCUCUGUAACUUGCUUACCAGAAGAAAUUAUACAUUUCCUCUGUUUGUCCUGGCUUAUUUUGAGAAUAUAAAAC